AUGUCAUUUUUCAACUCGAUCAGGUCUAUGACGCGCUCUCAGCGUCCUCCUAAACGGGCAACUACACCGACUUCUGCAACCUUUUCGCCUACGGAGAUGUUACCUCCUCCCAGCCCUGUUGUCUCGUCGCCAAGAACUCCUCCAGUUCCGAGGCCCCUGUACCUGUCCAGCCCUUUUGUUGAAGCAGCGCUAGUCAAGGGAAACUUUAAGACAAUCGUCAUGCUACCAAAAUACGUUGAUAUCAUGGAAUGGGUGGCUUUGAAUAUCUUCGACUUUUACACCAACCUGAACGAGUUUUAUGGUGUCAUCACGGAAUGCUGCACACAACAAUCUUGUCCUACAAUGUCUGCUGGCCAGACAUUGAAUUAUACCUGGAUUAAUCACGACCGCAAAAGUGUUAACCUUCCUGCUCCAACAUACAUUGACUAUGUUAUGACAUGGAUUCAAAAUUUACUGAACGAUGAGGCAACAUUUCCUACGAAAUCAGGUCACGAUUUCCCUCCCUCAUUUCCUUCUACUGUGAAGCACGUAUAUAGACAACUUCUUCGCGUCUUUGCGCACAUAUACCACGCACACUUCCAUCAACUUCUCCACCUCCGCUCCGAACCGCAUUUCAACUCGCUAUUCGCCCACUUCUUGGCCUUUGGCCGUGAAUACGAAUUGCUUGAGAUGAAAGAUGUCAAGGGCUCACCAUCAGCCCCGGUUGGUGUCGGCCAGCUCUGGGAGAAGUGGCGAGACAUGGGCAUCCUGGAGGGUUGA